AUGCACCCCCUCAUCCUCCUCCCCCUCGCCGCACUCCCCAGCACCACAUAUGCCUGGGGCAGCUUAGGCCACAAGACCGUCGCCUUCAUCGCCCAGAACCUCAUCGCCAACACCACCGUCCACUGGGCCCAAGACAUUCUCGGCAACUCCAACACCACCUAUCUAGCCAGCAUCGCAACCUGGGCCGACAGCUACCGCUACACCGACGAAGGCGACUUUACUUCGCCCUUCCACUACAUCGACGCUGAGGACAAUCCGCCCGAGUCGUGUAAUGUGGAUUAUGAGCGGGAUUGUGGAGAAGAAGGAUGUGUCGUUAGCGCUAUAGCGAAUUACACCGCUCGUGUACAGCAGUCGGAACUAGGAGAGCAAGAGGUGGAUUACGCCUUGCGCUUCCUCGUCCAUUUCCUCGGCGACAUCACCCAACCCCUCCACGACGAGGCCCUAGCCCUCGGCGGCAACGACAUCGACGUGACCUUUGACGGCGACGAAACAAACCUACACUCUGUCUGGGACACCUCUAUCCCCGAAGAACUAGUCGGCGGCUACGACCUCGCUGACGCCGAAGCCUGGGCCGCGAACCUCACAAACUCGAUCCGCAACGGCAGCUUCGCUGCGCAGAGUAAGUCCUGGCUCAAGGGGUUGGACAUCGAGGAUCCGAAAGCGAGCGCGAUGGUCUGGGCUAGGGACGGGAAUAGCUACGUCUGCAGCACCGUGCUGCCGGACGGGACAGAUCCUUUAGAAGGCGAAGAUCUGUACCCAGAGUACUACGAGGGCGCGGUCGAUGUCGUGAAGCUGCAGAUUGCGAAGGGCGGGGUUAGAUUAGCGGCGUGGUUGGACGCGUUGGCGGAGAAGGCCGAGGUGGGGAAGAGGGCGAGGCAUUGGAAGAUUGGGACGCAGGGGGUGAGGUUGGAGCAGGAUUUGAGUGGGAGGCAGUUGUUGCCGGAGAAGAGGGGGGUGAAGAGUGCGGCGAAGAUGAGGAGGGAGGCGGUGGGCUGGGGGUGUGGGCAUCAGCAUUAG